UCAGAGAAGAAACGUCAUGGACAAGACUGAGGAGGACACAGUGAAGGUGCCAUUUGGGACAAAGUGUCUGGAUGCUGCCUUGUGUUUCCCUGCCUCAGUGAAACAUGUUCAUACAGCCGUCAUUCUCACACAUGGGGCUGGUGGAGACAUGAACUUCAGACAUCUGGUCUCUCUAUCGCGUGCCUUAGCUUCAGAUGGCUUCCUUUGUCUCCGUUUCACAUGCAAAGGGUUAAACUUGGGUUAUAGAGUGAAGGCUUACCGUGCUGUGUGGGACUACUUGAAAUCACUACAGAAGUUUACCAUAAAGCACAUAUUCGUUGGAGGCAGGUCCAUGGGAUGUCGUGCUGCUGCAGCUUUAGCCAGACAGCUGAGUGAUGAAUCAGAGGAUACAGUGCAGGGUGUCAUCUGCCUGUCUUUCCCCCUGCACCCCCCAGCACAAACACACGCCCAUCGCCAACGGAGUGAAGAUCUCAGGGGGCUGCCUGAACACAUGCCUGUGCUAUUUGUGUCAGGCACUGAGGACGCCAUGUGCAACAGGGCUCUUUUUGAUGGGAUGAUAAAAGAAAUGAAAGCACAAGUUGAGGUUUUCUGGCUUGAAGGAGGCAGCCAUGGACUGACAGUGAAGGGAAGGUCAGAAGAUUCUGUGUUGGAUGAAGUGAACUUGCAAGUCAUCACUUGGAUGAGUAAGCAGGGAGCAUAGAUUUAUUUAUGUUGUCAUGUUUGUUGUUCUCA